CCAUUGGCAUUAUCUCCCCUUCUUAACAUGGCGCGAACGAAGCAGUGUUACUUUGAUGAGAUCGAUUCAUAACUACCACCGUUGAUGCAUGCACAUCUCUCUUUCAAAUGCUACUUUUGUGGGAUUUUAACAACGAAUAUGGAAAGUUAUUCAUGGAAUUAGUAUGCAUCGGCUGAAAAUUCUAACGCACAUGCAAACUACAUACAAGAGACUGAGAAUUCGUCACCUUAUUACAGAUUUGUUUAUCAUUUCAUCACACGAGUAAAUACACCUGAGUGUAAAUUUGAUUUGAUGUUGAUCAGAUCAGUGUUAAUGUGAUGUCUCUAAUUAAUAAAAUAGGAGAGAUAUGAAUGCCAACGUAACGAGCGAGGCAAACGAAAUCAUCUCUCUUGUUGAUGAUGAGACAAAUUCCAAUGAUGAUUUAGCUGCAGAAACCGAAGAAGAAAUAGAAACCCCUGAAAGCGGAGACGAUGACGUAGUUGUUGUGGAAAACGAAGAGGAAGAAAAUGUAGUCCGGAGUUCGAGUGAGGAUGAUGAUCAGCAAGAAGUUGGAGAUGAAAUUAUAGCCAUACAACAGUCACACAUGUUACCAGGUGUUAAUGAGGUGUCGGAGGUUCUAAAUACAGAUGUGAGUCAACCUCACCAAGAUAUUCCAGAAAGCAGCCAUCCAACCAUUUCUUUAGAACCUGGUCCAGCCACAUCUCAAGAUACAUCUUUGACAGACUUCCAGCCAUCGGCAAGUAAUCGUCGGCAAGCUACAAUCAAUUCUGGAAACUCUUGCCAAUAUCAGUCACCCAAGCGGCGUCGCAUCAAUUCAGCAGAGAAGACCACAAUAAAAAACAGCAACAAAGCUGCAGCCAGCAUUGAUACAGAAGAAGAAGAUGAUGAUGGAAAUUGCUGUUCAAUAUGCUUUGAACCAUGGACCAACUCGGGCAACCACCGCCUGGCAUCACUCAAGUGUGGUCAUUUAUUUGGACUUGGAUGCAUUCAGAAAUGGCUUAAAGGCCAAGGAGGCAAGUGUCCACAAUGCAAUGAAAAAGCAAAACACAAGGACAUUCGAGUGAUCUAUGCUAAAACUAUAAUGAUGAUAGAUACUACAGAGCGAGAUAGAGCUUUGAAAGAUCUAGAACGAGAGCGUGAACUUCGCCGGCAGUCAGAGCUGGAGGCUGCCCAGUCUCGUUUACAUUAUCAGCAGGUUGCAAAUCAGGUCAGGCUUCUUCAGGAAGAGAUUGACCGCUUGAGGGCAGAGCUGAAUAUUUUAAGGUCACAGAAAGGCGCUUUAUCUGUGUCAUCCACAUCACAAGCUGGUCACUCUCUCUCCCAGCGACACUCCCAAUCAUCUCAUCUCCCUGGGCAGUUUAUCUUAGACAAGACCGUGAAGAUCUGGGAGGGAGGUCAGUGUCGGGUGCUGGCAUACAGUCCAUCAAUUGCAGCACUAGUGAUAUCCCAGCCAUCUUCAAGUUCCUUAUUUCCAGGCUUUGGCAUCAAAAAGUUGAACGCCUUAGACUUCAAAACAUCUAGUUACCUCACUGUGCAUCAGAAAGCCAUUCGCUGCAUAGCUUUUCACCCAGAAGUGGAUGAUGGAAUGCUUUUGUCCUGCUCCAUGGACAAAACUGUCAAACUGACCAGUGUUAUAACAAGUAGUGUUGUACAGAUCUACAACCUGGCUUUUCCUGCCUGGAGCUGUGAAUGGCAUUCAGAGGACCCAAACUAUUUCUACGUUGGGCAGCAGAGUGGAUCAGUGUAUGAAUUUGACAUACGCAACACUGCUGAACAUGUGCGAGAACUCAACUCUGAAGGUAGCAAGUCACCAGUAGUAUCUCUUCAACAUGUGUCACAUGAUAUCAUCUCUGCUUUCCGACCUGGAGGUCUAAUAGUUGGCCAGCUUGACCGCAUUUCCUUCUAUGAAAACAAACCUGAGAAUGAGUCCAGGCUGCACAUACUACCUCUGGAAGGCAAUCUUACUAGUUUGUGCAUGGAGCGUCCCACAAGGCAUAUGCUGGCAAGUUUUAGACCUACAAGCAAACACCCAACAGUACGACACCAGGUGUGUGAGCUCAGCAGCACCACAACAGAUGGGGGACAGAGUAUGAUAUCAUGCAACCCUAUUCAAACAUUCCAUGGGGGAAGGUCCCAAUCUGUCCUUGCCCGCACCUUAUUGACACACCAUGUUGGUGAUCCUUCGCGGCUUCUGGUGGUGGCUGGAGAUGAACCUUCAGAGAGUAUACACAUAUGGGAUGCAGCAUCAAACCGACUUUUACAGCGUUUGCCAGUUGAGGGCAUUCCCUUGGACUUCACUCAUUUUGUCAUAAAUAACCAAGACUACCUUGUAGGCUUGACAGAAAAAAAACUCAAAGUUUAUCGAUGGAACUGAUGUGCAUGUUUGUAUAUAAAGGUGUGGUUUUUUUUUGAAGGUGUCCAAAAUUCAGCAUGCAGCUUAAGUGACUACAUCUGUGGUGUAGAAAAGUACCUGAACUUUGUGUGUGUGCGCUUGCGCCCGCAUGCUUGUGUGUGUGAAUUGUUGGCAAUUAAGAUUGGCUGUAACAAAGAAUCUUUGGGAAAUAAAGACUGU